AUGACCUCACUUGGCCAAGAAGACACAAAACAAGCAAAGACAAAGAUGAAAGCUGUAGAAAUUCCCGAGGUCCCACCUUUGUCGCUUGCUCCUUAUACAGAUGCUGGAUCAACCCUGCAUCACCAUGGCUAUCUCAGCUUGAGCCACUGCCUUCGAACUAACAUAUUUCCAGGCACAUCUUCAACAUGGAAAUCUGUCACCAGGGACUCGUACAUCAGCCACCCUCUGACCACAUGGCCUGCUGACCCCCAUCUGUGGUUUGGCCAUCAAACAGAUGACGUGGUCCAGUGGACAGAACGAAACAUCUUGCACCAGAAGCUCAAAAAGUUACUGACACAAAUGGAAAAAAGGUGCACCACAAAAUAGCUACUUCUGUUGCAAUACUUUGACACCACAACAUGCACAGCACCUGUGUGAUUCACACUCUGGUUUACUUUGGACAUGCAACCAAAGUUGUUGCUUGCCAUUUUAAACUUGCAACUAAACAAACAAGAGGAAGACUGUUGGAGAAAAAAAUACCACCAGAAGAUGUUUGGUUAGACAAAAGAAAUAUUGUGAUAUGUGGGUUUAGGGUUAACCAAAUAUAAAUAUAAACUGGUGCUAAAACAUGAAAUUACUUGUGUGUGUUUU